AUGGAACCCACCCCACACAAACCUGAAAGUUUUCGCUCGUCGAAGGCAUUCAUAACCUUUACGGUCGCGUACGCUGUCUUUACCGACUCCUUCUUAUACGGUGCUAUCGUACCGAUGGCCCCCUUUGCUCUGCAAAGACAAGGAUUUGAAGACGGCGAAGUGCAGAAGCUCAUCACGUUGAUGCUCGCACCCUGGGGUUGGCUGUCCGAUCGAUAUCCCCAACGCCGGGUGCCCUUUCUUUUCGGUCUUAUCGUGCUCCUCGUAGCAACGGCUGUGCUAUGGUUCGCGCCUUUUGUCCUACAGAGGGCCAUCCUUGGUCUUGAGAUCUCUGGACGCGGACUGCAGGGAUUUGCAUCUGCGAUCGUCUGGACGACGGCGCUUGCAGUGCUGGUAGAUACAGUCGGUCAAGAAGAGCUAGGAGAGUAUGCUGGCUACAUUGGCCUGGCUUUGAAUCUGGGAAACGUCGCUGGCCCGGUUCUGGGCGGAGUGGACCACGAGUACGGCGGCGUGCACGGCGUUUUCGGCCUCUGCAUGGCCGUUAUUGGGGUCGACGUCGUGCUCCGUUUGAUCAUGAAAGAGAGACAAAGAAAGCCCUUCGCGGUUACGAUGCCCAAUCCCAGCCCUGACUCUGGAUCUGAGUCGAACAAGGAGGCUACAAUCGAGCUGGCCUCUCCCCCGACUUUCUCUACCUCAUCUGCCUUGGAGACUUCUUCUCUGGUUCGACACUCAGUGUCCAAACGUACCAGGAUACCCGUAAUAUUCCGUCUGCUGGGCUCGGCACGCUUCUGCGUCAGCCUUUGGGGCGUUUUCGUCCUCGCGGUUGUCUUCACAGUUUUUGAUACUGUGCUACCAAUCACUGUCGAACGAAUCCUGGGCUGGGACGCAACUGGAGCUGGCCUCAUCUUCCUGCCAUUCUCACUCCCUUCUCUGUUUGGAAUGCUCAUCGGCAGACGGACAGAUCGACGUGGGGGCAGAUGGGUUGUCUUCGCCUCUUUUCUCGUUGCAUGCCCCUGUCUCAUCGCGCUGCGAUUCGUGCGCGAAAAGUCUGCGGCAGAUAUCGCGCUCUUGGUUGUUUUGCUACUGCUGAUCGGCACUUGUGUAACUGUCAUUCUCGAGCCGCUGUUCAGUGAAGUUGGCAGGAGGUCGAAAGAAUUGCAAGAAAUGGAUGCUCGGGCGGGACAUGAUGUUCGGCACGGCUACCAUGCGCAGGCCUACGCGCACUUCAAUAUGGCUUGGUCUCUGGGAAACACUGUCGGUCCGAUCAUGGCCGGCUACAUCAAUGACGCCGCUGGCUGGGGCGGCGUAACUUUGGCUCUAGGUAUACUCUGCGGCUUCAGCGCUGUUCCGCUCGUGCUCUUUUGCGACGGAUGGCUGCUCUCCCAAUGGUGUCUCAGGCGACAGGGGAGGCAGUCCGAAUGA